CUCUCUCUCUCUCUCUCACUCUCACUCUAUAUAUAUAUAUAUAUAUAUAUAUAUAUAUAAAUUACUAAAAACUAGACCAAAAAAUCCCAUGCCGGAACCCACACCAGAAAAAUCGGUGGAAAGCCAAGAGUCGAGUUAUGGCCGUAUUGAUCUCCUCUUCGUCUUCUUGCUUUCACACCGAAACAAUUAGCUAUGGAAAAAUCUAACACCCGAUUGUUCCUCUCCGGAUUCUACUGCUGGGGCUGGGAAUUCCUCACCGCCCUCUUGCUCUUCAGUUGUUGAUUAGUUAGUUUCCAUAAUAUAAUACUACAUAUAUAUACACCCAAAUAUUCCAAUCGUUGUUUUUGUUCUUUAUUAAUUUGGUGGGUGGGCGGGGAAGGGCGCGCAAAUGGCGAAGAGGUCGGUUCCGGCGCCGUUUCUGUCGAAAACGUAUGAGCUGGUGGAGGAUGGGAGCAGCGACGAGGUGAUAUCGUGGAACGAGGAAGGCACGACGUUUGUGGUGUUGAAGACGGCGGAUUUCGCCAGGGAUUUGUUGCCCAAUUACUUCAAGCACAACAACUUCUCUAGCUUUGUUCGCCAACUUAAUACCUACGGAUUUCGAAAGACUGUACCCGACAAAUGGGAAUUUGCCAACGAGAAUUUCAAACGAGGCCAAAAGGAGCUCCUCACACAGAUACGACGCCGAAAGACUGUAACGUUAAGCCCGACAGUCGAAAAAUCUGUAGCUGUCAGUGGUGCUUCAUCGUCGUCCAAUUCCGGCGAGGAUCUAGGGUCCACUUCCACCUCCUUGCCGGACUUGAAGAACGCCGAAAUGGUGAAUGCGUUGGAAAAGGCACAAUUCACUGACUUGUCCGACGAGAACAAGAAGCUAAAGAGAGAAAAUGAGGUUUUGAGCACGGAGCUAGUGCAGGCAAAGAAGCAAUGCGACGAGCUCAUCAAUUUUUUAACUAAAUAUGUGAAAGUAGCGCCUGAUCACGUCAAUCGCAUCAUGAGGCAAGGAAGCUGUGGGUCUAGCCGUGAUGAUGGAUCGGAUGGUGAGAUCGGCACUAGUACAGAUAACAAUGACGACGAUGUUGAUGAUGGUGAAAAUAAGGGGAAACAGAUGGGAGAGGGUUUGAAACUGUUUGGGGUAUGGAUGAAAGGGAAUGAGAAAAAGAGGGGUCGCGAUGAGAAACCGGGGUUUGGAGGGGGCCCCCGGAAAGAAAUGAAGACUGUUGAAUUUGAUGCGCCGUGGAUGACCAGCAAGGUCUCUAGCUAAGUGACCUAUGCGCGGGUGCCAUGCACAGAAGCAAAAGGAAAGGGGUGUAUGCUAAUUAAUUAAGGGUUAGCUACAACCCCCUCUUUCCGUUGGAGGAGAUAAUUUUAUCUUCCAAUACCAAUAUAGAAGAAUGUAGAAUGUACUGUAAGAUACUGUGGCAAUUUAUGGGUAGUAUCGAUACUAGCUAGCUAGUACAAUGCAUUGCAGGGUACGUUGCAGUUCUCAGCCACAAGGUGAUCGAGAAGCUGAAGCAAUAAAACAACUUUUAUAGAGAGUUGGUUUGGUGUAGCUAAAUUAGGAAGUCAAGUGAUGGUGGCAGAGCGCGCUGGAGAUGAAAAGCAAAUGGCCGCCUCUCAGCUCUUUAAUUUUAUAUGCAAAUUAAUUGCAGUUAGCCGCAUGUAAAAAACUUGGGCAAUUUUUAAAUUUAACAAUCAAAAUUGUAGCUCUU